AAAAGUUAUUUGCUAACUCAACCACGUGACCGAAUACGAGUUUAAAUAAAGGCUUGACGCUUUGAUAGAAUUUACUGAAUAUAUAGACUUAGGCUGUCAGGGGACAACUUUAAUCGAGUUGAACACACAUACAACCAAGAUGUCGAAACUGAACUGCUAUACCGUAUUGUUCCUGGUCGUUGUUGUACUCUAUAGGGCUCAUGAUGGUAACGUUAACGCUGAAACAUACGGGGAUGCCGGCCUCACUAGUAGCCACGCAAGAUGGUGUACGAUAUCUAACGCUGAAGAACAAAAAUGUGUGGCGAUGAAGAACGCAUUUAGCGCAAAGGGAUGGUCGCCAAAUUUACAGUGUGUCUUGGCCGACGACAAGUACGACUGCAUGAGACGUAUAGAGGCAAAUGAGGCAGAUCUCAUGACAUUGGGGGACACUCAGGUCUAUUCCGCGGGUCGAUAUUUCAACAUGGUACCCGUAAUGGCAGAAAAAUAUUCAGAAUCUGUUGAUGCGGGUACUUUCCGAUACAAGGCCGUGAUAGCUGUAAAGACCUCGGACACUACAAUUAACACACUUGCCGAUCUGAAAGGGAAGAAAUCGUGUCAUACAGGCGUUGGAAGAACCGUGGGCUGGGCCAUACCGGUGGCUGCAUUAUUUGAACAGAAAUUGAUGGAAAUUAAAGAUUGUGAUAACAAUGUCAAAUCUGUAGCAAACUUUUUUAGCCAAAGCUGUGCGCCUGGAGCUUUUGAUGACUUCUACAAUCCAGAUAAAGACAACCCUCAGAAGAUUUGCGGUGGGUGUUCUCAGACAGGCUGCCCAUUAGAUCCAUCGGAAACAUAUAUGGGAUACGUAGGUGCAUUUGCUUGCCUUAAGGACGGCAAGGGAGAUGUUGCUUUUAUUAAACAUUCUACUGUUGAAGAUGCCAAAGCAGAUGCCAGAUUUACAAAUCUAAAUGAGCAAGAUUACCAACUUCUAUGUCCUGAUGGGACUCGAAAAUCCAUGAGUGAGUGGGACAGCUGUAACUGGGCAGUCCGCACCUCAAAUACAAUUAUGACGAGACCAGAUGCAGCGAUCGCCGAUUUCAAGCACCUACUUCAAAAAGCAUCAGCGGCAUUCGCUAAUAACCCACAGGAGCCAUUCAACUUGUUUAACUCCAGCGCCUAUGGAGGACAGAAUCUUUUAUUUAGUGAUGACACGAAAUCACUAACUGACGUAGGAUCAGCUAACAGCUAUGACAAAUACCUAGGAAGCGGAGCCAACCGGACGAUGGAAUGGUACCGGCCGUGCCGCAAGCCAACGACCUGGUGCGUGACAUCAACGCCUGAGAUGAAUAAGUGCAGACGUAUGGGAGCAGCACUAGCAUCCUCCAAAAUUGACAUGCAGUUCUCUUGUAUUCUCGGAACAAAUUCCAAGCAAUGCAUGGAGAUGAUACAACAGAAAAAAGCUGAUCUUGUCAAUGUUGAUGGUGGUGAUGUCUUCACCGGGGGCAAAUACCACGACCUGAAGCCUAUAGUGGCUGAAAAUUAUGGUUCUGGAGCUGACGAGGCCACCAGUUACUACGCAGUUGCUGUUGUGAAGAAGUCUUCCACCAUAACAAACCUUGCUGGGCUCAGAGGCAAGAAGUCUUGUCACACUGGAAUCGGUAAAACAUCUGGCUGGAAUGUCCCAGUUGGUACACUGAUAGAGAAGAAUUUAAUAUCUGUGAAAGGUUGUGAUAUCCCUCAUGCUGUUGGGGAUUUCUUCGCACAGAGUUGUGCCCCAGGUGCUCUUGAUGCAGCAUACAACCCUUCAGGCACCAACCCCGCCAACUUAUGUGCCCAAUGUGGACCCAACAACUGUAAGCGCAAUAACGUCAAUAAGUACUAUGGCUACACCGGAGCUUUGAGAUGUUUAGUUGAAACUGACGCUGAUGUUGCUUUCAUCAAGCAUUCAACAGUGCCUUCCAACACUGAUGGUAAAAACAUGGACGACUGGGCAAAGACUUUGAAGUCCUCUGACUUCGAACUUCUAUGCCGUGAUGGAGGGAGGAAGGCAAUAACAGAAUGGCGCACGUGUAGUCUUGCUCGAGUCCCAAGCCACGCCAUUUUGACAUCCAAAACACGCCCUGCUGAAGAUUCUCGUCAUUGGUGGAUACUUCUCAACCGAGGUCAAAUCCGAUUUGGUACAGACAAUACUAAUUUCAAGAUGUUCGAUUCUGGAUCCGCUGGUAGCAAUCUGAUGUUCAGCGAUAGCACGACUACUCUGACCAAAGUAGACUCCACCUAUCAGGACUUUUUAGGGGCAGAAUAUGCUAAAAUUGCAGAUACUCUGGAUCACUUCAAGUGCUCUGUGUCUGGUGCCCCAUCAACUGCGUCGUCUUUGGUUUCCUUGUGUGUCAUAUCCAUUAUGGCAUACAUUGGAUUCCAAAUCCAGUGAGUCGUCUCUGGAAAUUGGUGGAAUCGUGUCCAAGCCUAGUCAGAUGCUAGCUUGCCUACAUCGCCAAUGUCGGCACUAUCAACAGUGCUAUUCGACUCCAUGCGAAACCAGCGAAUGAGAUUGCGUGGUGAGAAACCACCAACUCGAUGCGUGACUGCAAAGAAUCAGUACGCAUGUGCAAUGGACUAUGAUGAUCUGAAAACGUUAUGCCUCAAGAGAUUUGAGCAUCACAAUGUCACUCGUACCAUGGACCUCUAUCCCGGGGAUUCACUUACAAAGAGUUGACCAUAUAAAAAGACAAACUUUCUUUAUUCCGUAACAAUAUACCAUUACAAAUGAAAUACUCAAUCAAUUCAAUUUAGAAGUCUUUUACGAACAUUUCUUCACUUUUUACCAAUUUUUAUUCAAUUACAAUUUGGUUUCAUUGUGCCUCGUGAGCACUAGUCGCCUAUAAGAUGGCAUAUCUUCAAAAACCAUUCCAUUUCCUAACAAUUUGAUCUGAAACUGAUAUGAAACUGAUACUUUCAUCUCUUUGUACAUAUUUUAUAAUGUCUAUAUCGUAUUUUUUCCUUUGGUUUGGGAUAUUUUUAACUUCCCAAGAUGACUGAGGCCGAGUAGUAAUGAUGUCAUCGAUAUAUCUAUUUCCCAUUCGAUUUGAUUCGAACUGCGAGAAGUCGCAGCGACCUCAAGUGAUAGGAUCCAAUUAAAUGUGUAUACAACAUUUAAUUAUGAUAACCUGGAUAUACGACCUGGCCAGGAAUAAAAAGGAAUGUAAACUUUUGUAAUUAAGCUUGCUUUAGAAUCCAAAAUAAUAUCUUUUUCUAUGUACUCGUAUAACGGCACGAUGUUUAUAACAUUUGUAUACAGCUUCUCCUUUUGUAAACGUAAUGUUUGUUGACACAUGAACAGAAUAAAUCUUAAAUCUGGAAUCCAAA